AUGGCCUGUGUGCCAGCGAGCCAGGAAGAGCAGCUGAUCAACAACCAUAUCCACAAUCCACGUGACCCCCAUCUCGCGCUCGAAGAAGAUGAAGAUGUUUACUGUGCGAGCUGUAAAGGGUGCGGGUACGACGAAGGCGGUGUCUUCCGGAUCUACUCGGGCUCGGGUGGCAUAGUCGGGGGAGACGGCCAUCAGGAGGUUGGCGUCAACGUCUUGGCUGAAUUCUCUGAGAUUGUCCUGGUCGGGUGA